UAUGUUAUAUAAGACAAUCACUUCUCAUAUUGAUGCAUCUUCCAAUUUACGCCAAUUCUUCCUGUAUGAGAAAAAUGUGAAUGAUAAGCCAAAAACUGCAAUGCCAUUUCAACUACCACAGUUACUGUCAUCUCCAUAACUGGCCAUGUGACUUUGAUAUUUUUAUGGGGAGUUGUUGAACUUUGCCUUUGGUGAUCCAAGUUAGUAAAUUCCCCCAUGUGAACUUAUUUGAUGUAAAAGUUAGAAGCCAUUGUUUUCCAUUUGAAGGGAUUUUCACAAUGAUGCAAAUGCUUGUCCCUAGGAAGAGUUAUACAGUGAAUUUGGAUAAUCCUUGAAAGCCUCAUUUUUUUUCAUUCUCUUUGGGUCUUCUGCUUUUCAUUUUGUUCAUCUCAAGUUCUUUGCUUUUUCUGAAAAUGAUGAAAUCUCCAUCACAAGCAACAUUUAAAGAGUGUCACUUUUAUGACUAUGGAUUUGAUCUGCAACAAGACUUUUGCCAGUUCUUGGAGGAAGCAAAGCAACAUGGAAAGGAAGCAAAACUAAAGAGUUCAUCGGUGUACCCAGAGGAAUCUAGGAAAGCAGGAUCGGAGAAAGAAAAAAAGGGGAAGAAAUCAUGGAAAAGUUCUCUGACUUCAUGGUGGAAAUCUGAUAGGAAAAGCAAGCAUGGUGAAAAAACCACCAAGAAUUCUAAACCAAGGGGUGGUUCUGGUAAAAGGCAUGCUUAUUCUUCUGGUCCAAUGUAUAAGUCCUGCAAAAGUUCUGAUGGAAAACACUGGCGUCCUUCAUCUGGUCCUCUUGUAAGCCUUUUCAAACCUACAAAGAGAGAGGAAAAUGAGAUACCCUAUAUUUCUCUCCAACAACAAAAUAAUAGCCCUCUUGCUGAUCAGAACUAUGGACCCCUCUAUGUGGUCACUUGACUUGUGAUCACUGGCACAGUUGCAGAUUGUGGUGACACAAACUUCACUGAGAAAGGCUUUCUAAUGUGUUUGGUUGUCUAGAGAAUUUUGCUGGCCAAUGUAGUACAACAACUUUGAGAAGAAGAAUUUUAUGUUUCUGGUUUUGAAUGAGUUGUAUUUCCUCCUUGUUGGAUUUGAUAGUGGACAAAGGUAGUUCAAAAUAAGCAACCUUUGUUCCUUGUUCUAGAAACUCAUCCUGUUUCCAAUUUAUAAUUUUCAAAACAGUUAUAAGUAAUGUUAUGAGAUUGCUGAAA